UCUCCGGAGGAGGAAGCCAGGCACAGGAGAGGAAAAGUUUCCCGGCUGCCAGCAAGGAUUACCGUACCCGUCGUCGGGCAUGGGUUGCUGCGGCUGCUCGGACGAGCCAUCGUCCAAGGUGGAACCCAGGACGCAGGAGAACGGGGGCACGCCGACCAGACACUCGGAGCAGAUUUUCGUCACCGAUCGAUCGUGCACCGACAUCGUGGCUUUGAUCGUGCUGAUCGCUCUUACCGCUGGUUUCGGUUAUCUGGUGAGCAACGCAGUGAAGAAAGGAGACGUCCACCGCGUUAUAAAUGGUUACGAUGACUGUGCGAACGUGUGCGGCCGAGUCACACUGCCGGAAACUAAUCCCGAAUUCAGUUGCAAGGGCGCAGACAAGACGUCUGAACGGUAUCUGCUGAUGACCCUGGGCCCGAAGGGGGUGUACAAUCGCACCUGCGUGUCCACCUGCGACAAUCAGGUGUUAUUCCUGAAUCGAUGCGUGCCAAAGCAAGUCUCCGAAACGACCAAUUCGGUGAUCAAGAAACUCGGUUUGGAAAAUUUCUACAAGGAGGCGUCGAGAGAUCUUGGUGUCGCCUGGCGGGAGCUGAUCUACCUGCUGCUUAUAGCGUUAGCUAUCUCACUCGGUAUCUUAAUUGCCUUCCGGUAUAUGGUGCAGUGGGUCGUUUACAUUGUCUUAAUCGGCGCCAUUCUGGCCUGCAUCGGCGGCUCGGCGUACCUCUGGCUCGCGUGGUACGCGGAGAAGAAGGGGGUGGAGACACAGGAAAUACCGGAAGAGGAUUCCAGCCAGGAUGCCUACUUCAUUUACGCGAUAAUUUUGUCCACUGUUACCGUGAUCACGCUUCUGAUUGUCUUGGUGAUGAGGAAAAGAAUCGCCCUCGUGAUGCAGUUGUUCCGCGAGGCGGGUAAGGCUGUCUACGCGAUGCCGGUUCUGCUGCUUCAACCGAUAUACACCUACUUGCUGAUCGGUCUCACCGUAUGCGCGUGGGUGUACUGUAUGAUGUGGAUAGAAAGCGCGGGGAACAUUUACAAGAACAGGAAGAAUCACAUCCACUUCCGUAAAGACGGCCUGUUGAUCGCGGCCAGAUGGUACAAUUUGUUCUUCUUCUUCGUGACCUGCGAGUUCCUACUUGGCUGUCAGCACAUUGUCGUCGCCUGCGCCGUUGCACGUUGGUUCUUCACCAGGGACAAGAAACAGCUCUCGCUAGCCGUAACGCGGGGCUUCGGUUAUCUGGUGCGAUAUCACUUAGGUACGGUCGCGUUCGGCGCAUUGGUUAUUGGUAUAGUUCGGUUCAUAAGAGCGAUAAUUUCCUUCGUCCAAAAUCGCCUGAAGCGGUACGAUAACGACCUUGUGCGGGGAAUAUUGUGGUGCUGUCAAUGUUGCCUCUGGUGUUUCGAAUGCGCGCUGAAGUUCCUCACCAGGAACGCUUACAUCGAAACAGCAAUAUACGGGUGCAACUUCUGCACGGGUGGAAGAAAGGCAUUCCAUGCCUUGUCGAGCAACAUUCUAAGAGUCGCCGCCAUUAACAGCGUCGGUGAUUUCGUCCUUUUCUUAGGAAAGGUUUUGGUCGUUACAUUAACUGUCGUCUCGGGCAUUUAUCUGAUGCAGAAAAAAGAAGGACUGCACCAUCCUUGGGUACCAAUAGCUGUAGCUGGUCUGUUCGCCUUCUUGGUGUCGCACUGUUUCAUCUCCAUCUACGAGAUGGUAAUAGACACUAUAUUCAUAUGCUUUUGUGAAGACUGCGAGAAGAACGAUGGCAUCAAUCGACCCUACUUCAUGAGCCGAGGAUUAAUGGAAUUCGUCGAAAACAGCAAGAAGGCUCUGAAGUACCUAGACCAUCAGCCAUCGAGCCCUCCCGCGUAAUGGCGGUUGCUCAAUAUUUCAUGGGAAAAACCAGUCCUGCAUUUUUUCAGAGAUACUUUUUUUUUUCUGUGUCUUCAGAGAGAUCUCGGCGGGAAUCCCUGCGACGUGAAAUAUUUUUUUAAAAUCUGGGAAGCAACUGCCGAUAUAUUUUCCCGCGCCGCGACGUUCCGAUUCUUCCGCGGAGCUUUGCUAAACUUAUGGGGUGGUGUUCUUCUACGUCAUUUUUUAUUCACACGUAUGGUGCCACGCGUACGGAAGGCUGCCACGAGCCACGGACAAUUUUGAUCUGGGUCUGACUUCCUAUCCGUAUCUUGCUCUUUCAGGCAGGAAAAUGAAUAGGGACCCGAGGCAAGAUAAGCGCGACAGGAAAAGCUUCGCCGAAUCCGGCGAGCAGAGAAAAGACUGAUAAAAUUGAGAGGCAUACUGUAAUAUACAGGACGAUCUAAACGAACAAUAUUUCACGUGUACGUAGAUUAAUUUAAGAGGCUUAGGUUGUUAUUCAGUAUUCUU